CGUGUGUAAUCUAUCUUCUGCUGUAUGUGUAUCGCUAAAGCUAAGCGCGAGGGUUUACGGUGGAGUCUUUACAGUUUACGUAAAUCUGCAAAAGAAUCACUCGAAAUGCUGAGAUAAAAUGUCUGGCUGGGUGUCAUUUGACGAUGGAGAUGAUGGAGAUAGGGACGUUGUUGGGAAAGGACCAGUCCUACCCUUGGCAGCUAAAUCAAGAGAAGACUCUAGCGUUAUGGUUGUUGAGCCUGGAGAGGUGGGAGCAGUUUCCAACAGAAGUUGGGUGAAAUUUGAAGAGUCACCGCGCCGAGGUACCCCCACGACUGCGGGUCAUCGCGUGGUGGAGACCCAGCGGCCUGUGAUAACCCAACAUACAGGUGGGUCAGUUCAGAGUGGUGCUGAUGUCACAUCCCAAGCAUCUGAUGAUCAUCAUUCAGCUGUAGCAUCAUCAGUGAUAUCUUCAAGAGGUAGUUUUUCAGGAUCCCAUGAUAACAUCUCCAGUUCCAGAGAGUACAUGCCUUUAGAAUCAUUGUCGUCAUCACCCAAGCCAGGAAAUGUUACCCCUAACCCUGAACAAUGGAUCAGGUUUGGAGACUCUAAGAAAGUUGUGAGUUCAACCCCAUUGAAGAGUGUGGUCCCAGUAAAGGGGAUAAAAGAAAAUGGUAGUCUGGACACAUCUAGAGUGUCCAGUCCUGCUCCUGUGCAGUGGGUGCAGUUUGAUGAUGACAAGGAUGUGACAAUAUCUUCAACAUCCUCCAGACCAUCACCUGUUUUAUCAUCUUGUGACAACUCUAUCACUCAAGAAUGUCCUUUAGAGGAACUAAAUGUCAGUGCAAGGAGGGACAGCAGACCUCUUGAGACUACAGAAAAGGAACAUGCUACUCCUAGUCAUAUUCAAGUUGAGAAACUAAAACAAGAAGAUAUGAGUUUUGGGAUUCACAUAAAUUCCUCAAGGACAGUUACAGCCACUUCAACCCCUGUACACAUGACUGACCAUGCGCAUGAUUUAGAAGUAUCCAUGUUAUCUGAAGUAGCUUCUGCUUCUGAUUCAAAGUAUGAAACAGCUUCUCCUGGAAACCCUUUUAAAGCAGAUAUGUUGACUCUGAAGCAGUUAGAGAAACAAAAAGUCAUGGAGGAACAGGUUCGGAGGACUGUUUCACCAUACAACCCCUUCCUCAACUUGAGUGGGUCAGAAUUAGUAACCACACCUGUUAAAUCAAAUGCACCUUCCACAUGGACAACCUUUGAUGAUACAGAUGGUGCUUCAGCAAAUAAUCAGAUAGUGCCAAGCAGCCCAGGUAAUCCAUUUGCAGAUAUAGCAGUAGCUUCUAAUGUUCCCAACAGAUCUAAUGUGUCUGCAUCAUUCACACCACAGCAGCAAGUACAGGGACAAGUUAUUUUUGCUGCUGCUGCAGCUGCACAACAGAGUGCAGCAGCUGCCCAACAAAAUGUAUCAGCUGCACAACCUAUGAGGCAAGUCAUGGCAGUACAACCAUUGAUGCAGUCCAGUGCUGUGCAACAUGAUGAUCAACGAACUACAGCCAUCCUCUCUCCCCGGUCAUAUGCAUCUCAGCCAGUAAGUCCAAUUGGUAUGAAGCCUAAUCAGUGGCAGCAGCAACAGUUCUUUCCAACAUCAUCUCCUCAGAGUGGCUAUUCUUCAACACAUCAGAACAUUUCUCUAGGCAAUCAGACACAAUCAGCUGUUGUUUUGCCAACAACCACAUCAAUUAUAAAGGGGAGUGAUAUGCCUGACAGUGGUAAACUUGCUUUCAACACCCAGACAAGCAUAAAGUCAAAUUUAUCAUCUCCUUAUAGUGACAAGCUAUUCCAGGAUCAGUACCCUCGUGAGCAAGAGGAUCUAUCAAAAGGAUGGCCUCUAAAACUCAGAGUUCCUGAUAAAAAACGCAUUGCAGGCUCACGUUCCUGGCAGCCUAUCCAUGUAAAACUAGCUGAAGGAAACAUCCUUCAGUUAUAUCAUGACAGGACUAGAAAGGAACCAUUCCGUGAACUGCCCUUGCAGAGCAACUAUGAGAUAAGCCAUCCAAAUCUUCAGCAGUUUGAUUACAAGGGUAAAAUUCACACAAUUAAACUUCUGUACAUCUCCUACAAAGAAAAACGGAGAGUGAGUGCCAAAUCCAUGUACGAAAAAGAAUCCCACCUUGAAGAACUUAUGAAGCUCGGUUCUCUUGACUUUAAGGUGUUCCAGAGCUUUGUGUUUACUAUCAAUGAUGCCUUGAUGAAAUUGACCCUUUACCAGGAUAGAGGUGCUCACUACCAACAGGACAUGAUAAAAGUUGAUGUUUCUGAUGAAUGCCGUUGCUUUGUGAAUGACAAUGGAGAUACUUUGCGGCAAUCCAUAUCUGUUAGCCUCAAUAUCCUGUCCUUUCUCUCCGGGAGUCCUGACUGUGCAAUAGGUCUUAACGACGUCCAGAUCAAAGGCAUGGAUGUUGUUGCCAGACAACAUAUCAUCCCAAAUAAAACCUCGGAUUGGAUCAAGAUGCAUGAUGUAGAACUACACAAGUGUGCAAAUAAGAAUGUGUUUGUGGACUCCCGCAUGAUUGAGUUUCAGCCAUUGAAUGCCUGUUGCUUUAGACUCAUGCAAUUUCAUAUACAGCCUUCAGAAGAUGAGGACCUCCCCCUACAGGUCAAGGCUGCUUUUUCUGGUGAAGGCACACAUAUGGAACUUAGAGUGGAUCUGCUGGUACCAGCCUGCUCUGGAAAGAGAAACCCCAACCACUUCCUGUGUGAAAACAUCCUUGUCCACAUUCCCAUCCCAGAGCAUUGGAUCUCUUAUUUCAGGAAACCAAAGAGGGUUGGACAAUCCUCAAUCCAUGCAGUCAUCAAGAGGGCAGAUAUUAUCAAGAGAGGUUGUCUUCAUCCAAAGCUACUGGAGAUCUCUGUAGGAACGGCCAAGUAUGAACAUGCCUACAGAGCGGUGAUGUGGAGGAUAGACAGACUGCCAGAGAAAUCCUCAGGUCAUCCAUCCACCUACAUAUUCAAGUGCCACCUGAACCUGAGUUCUAUUAAAGAGGUCAGCAAGAGCUUCUCCCGCAACGUAGAGGUGGAGUACCACACCCCUCACACCACGGCCUCCAAGACCACUGUACGAUCCUUGGCCGUCUCCAGUGAGAAAUCUCCAGAGAAGAGGAUAAGCUACAUGGCAAGGUACGAGUAUCAGGUGCAGAUCAAAGACAACUACAUCAGGCAUUCCCCUGUCGAUGAUGAUGAUGCACCGGGCCGAUGUUUGCAGCAGUGAGGUCUGUAGUCUUCUCACCACCUGUCCAGGACCGGUGUGUUCUCCCAUGUGUCUUCUUCCUUGGAAGAUGUUCUCAGUGACAGAAAGAUUUUCUACAUGGCACCAAGAAGUAUGAGGUUUAGGCUGAAGACGAGUACAUCAGGAGAGCAUUUCAUACAUCUUCUGGCUGAGAAGCACAUACAUGUAGGUCUGGCUAUGACUUCGAAAAUUGUCAGAUAAAAAAAGACUUUGCUAGAUAAAACAACAAACAAGUCUUAUCAUGAAACACUUCCCAGGAUUUCUGCAGAACUGUGCCUGGUGAUGGACUGUGGAUGUCUGUAGCUCUGAUGACAACAAGCUUGCUACCAUUCCAAGACCCUUUCUCCACUUCGCAGAAAUUUGCCUUGAAAUCAAUGCAGUUUUUGAAUUAACCAGAAUGCAUAUUGAAAGUAACUACACUGGUUGGUACUCUCAUAGCCUUGGGGGUUGAUUUACUUCACAUGCUUAAUGGAGUGUUAAUUGCAAAACCAUUUGCCUACAUGUAGUAUAUAUUCUAAUUCUGUGGCAAAAAGCUGUUGAAAAAAGAUUAAUGGUAUCAUGAAUGAAAUGUGAAAAAUUGUAUGAGCAUCCAGUGAAUCUAAUGAAUUAUUUGGUACAUUUUCUUUGACAUGAAUAUGAAAGAAGAUGAAAUCAAGCAUUCCGUAAAUGUGUAGACUCCAAUUCUUGUAUACUUUUGAGUUGAACACAGGUUUGAUUUUAAGAAUACCACCCAUGGGUUCAGGUUCUAUCAUGCUCAAUGACAUAUUUAGAUUUUUUAGAAGAGAAGAAUUCCAGUUGAUCAUUCCAUUGCAGAAUGUUAAAGAAUACAUGAUGUAACUGUGCCUAUCAUAAUUUGUAUAUCAAGGUUGUGUUUCAUAGAAGCUGUUUGUUAAUUUUGCACAACUGGUGACCAUUAUGCCAUUUAGAUCAGAUUCUCAAUCAUUAUAUUCCCAUCAGCUUCAGUCGAAAUCUGAUCUUUUCAGAGAACAAUUCUCUUCAUUUACAAGCAUUUCAAUAAUGCAGUCGGCUAUUUGUCAAGGUAUGAUCAGAACUUUUAUAGAAAAUUCGCUCCCAUUAUGUUAAACAGGGAAAAUUGGGGGGGGGGGGUAUCUCAAUUAGCACAGGAAAAUGGUCACAAGUCAUGCAUAAGAUUGUAUACACAGGUUACUUAUGAGUAGCUUGAUGAAAUGAAACCCUGAAUAUUGAUAAUAAUUUUUAAUGACUCAGGGCCCAAGUUCAUUCUGAGCUGUCUACUCAUUUUUGGAAGGAUUCUAAGAUUAAUUUGAAUGGUUCUCUAUACGAGGAAAACUAAAUUCACUUUUCUGCAAAUGAUUGAAGAAAAAAAGGAGAAAUGAAAUGAUGUAAAGAUUGAAUUUACAUAGCUACAGAAUUUGAAAUGCCUUGACAAUCACUGGCAUUGUGAUGAUGCAAAAUUCAUCUUAUAUUUAUUUUAUAGGCAUAUUGAUUUUUUUCGAAUGUGUAUAUGACCUUUCCAAAUACUCAUAUUGUACACACAUUGAAAUUUGAACAUAUGACUAUGAAACUAUUAUAUCAUAACUUUUUUGUUUAACAUAAAUUGCACAUACAUGUAGAUUUACAUUCAAUUUCUGUAUCUGUACAGUUUAUCUUAUUACUGACAUUGCCUUGUAUAGCCUGAUCUUUAAUAAUGAAGAUAUUUAUGCUGACUUACUGAAUCAUCAAAUUUUACAUCUUAAAGUACUACUAAUAAUCUAUAUUUGAAGGUUUACAAUUGUAUAAUUUCAGUGCUUUGUUCAUUUUAAUGAAUGUGGUUAUAGCUGUUUACAUGUAUUUGUUUGUUAGUUUUUCAUAGUUUGCAUGAAAUGCACUAUGGUUUGAUAUAUAUCUUUAUAUGGUCAAGAUAUAUUUGACAAUGGUUAAUUGAAAUUGUUCUCAUUUUUAACUGCAGCUGGUUGCUCGAGUAUGUUAUAAAAGCGAUUGUUGUUUAUGCCCAUUAUACACAGUACAACUCUAAUUAUGAUAAUGGUAAGA